GGGCGGGAGGGCGCGGAAGCCUUCGCCCAGCUCAUGUCCUUCAUCAUCGACGCCUUCUGCUCCAACAAGGAGAUCUCCCUGUGGGAGCUCAUCUCCGACAUGAGCCCGGGGGUCUGCGGGGGAGGCCACUGUACCACUGGGGGUGCCUGGGGAGAGGCCGGUGCCUGGGCGGCCUGCGAGGCUUGUGCCGGGGGAGGGAGGCCGUGCCGAGCAUCACCAUCUCCCCUGGGUGCUGGGCGAGGUCCCUACGAGAGCCUGGCUGACCCCUCGAAGCUCAGCAGCGGCAAGGACCUCAGGACUGACACAGUUCCCAACCCCUGGGACCACGCUCUGACCCUGGCAGACACUGGCACUGGGAUGACAGAAGCGGACCUCGUCAACAGCCUGGGCACUGCUGCCAAAUCUGGUACCGACGCCUCUGCGGAAGCCCUGCAGGCUGGUGCAGACAUCUCUAUGAUGCGGCAGUUUGGUGUGGGUUCCUAUUCUGCCUGUCUAGUGGCUGAGAAGGCGGCUGUCAUUACUAAACACGACGAUGAUGAGCAGUAUGCUUGGGAGUCGUCAGCUGGGGGCUCCUUCACUGUCCGGACUGACCAUGGUGAGCCCAUUGGAUGGGGCACAAAAGAGAUCAUGUAUUUGAAGGAGGACAAGACAGGUCUGGAAGAACAGCGUGUCAAAGAGGUGGUGAAGAAGCACUCCCAGUUCAUUGGGUACCCCAUCACGCUCUGUCUAGAGAAGGAAUGUGAGAAAGAGAUCAGUGAUGAUGAGGCAGAGGAGGAGAAAAGCAAGAAGGAAGAGGAAGAGUCAGAAUCCAAAGACGAGGAGAACCCAAAAAUCGAGAAUGUGGGUUCUGAGGAGGUGGAGAGAGGCAAAGGCAGGAAGAAAAAGACAAAAAAAAUCAAGGAGAAAUAUAUUGACCAGGAGGAGCUGAACAAGACCAAGCCUAUUUGGACCCACAACCCUGACAACAGCACCCAGGAAUAUGGCGAGUUGUACAAGAACCACAAUAACUGGAAGGACCAUCUGGCUGUCGAGCUCUCUUCUGUUGAAGGGCAGAUGGAAUUCAGGGCCUUGCUCUUCAUCCUGCGCUGUGUCCCUUUUGACCUCUUUGAGAACAAUAAUAAUAAUAACAUUAAGCCGAGGCAUGUCUUCAUCAUGGACAGCAGUGAUGAGCCCAUCCCUGAGUACCUAAACUUGAUCUGGGGCGCUGUGGACUCAGAGGACCUGCUUCUGAACAUCUCUUGUGAGGUGUUCCAGCAGAGCAAGAUCCUCAAGGUGAUCCCGAAAAACAUGGUGGAGAAAUGUUCGGAGCUCUUCUCCGAGCUGGCAGAGGACAAAGAGAGCUACAAAAAAUUUUAUGAGGCCUUUCCCAAGAAUCUGAAGCUGGGCGUCCAUGAGGACGCGACCAACCGAAAGCGCCUUUUGGAGCUGCUGCGUUACCGCAUGUCCCACUUGGGCGAUGAGGUGACUUCGCUUUCAGAGUAUGUGUCCCAUAUGAAGGAGACCCAGAACAGUAUCUGCUACAUUACAGGGGAGAGUAAGGAGGAGGUUGCCAACUCGGCCUUUCUGGAUCGUGUGCAGAAGCGUGGCUGUGAGGUGGUGUACAUGACGGAGCCCACUGACGAGUACUGUGUGCAGAAGCUCAAGGAGUUUGAUGGCAAGACCCUGGUAUCGGUCACCAAAGAAGUGCUGGAGCUGCCUGAGGAUGAGGAGGAGAAAAAGAAGGUGCAGGAGAGCAAGGCCAAGUUUGAGACCCUCUGCAAAUUCAUGAAGGAGAUCCUGGACAAGAAGGUGGAAAAGGUUACUAUCUCAAACCGGUUGAUCUCGUCUCCCUGCUGCAUCAUCACCAGCACCUACGGUUGGAUGGCCAACAUGGAGUGCAUCAUGAAGGCUCAGGUGCUGUGGGAUAAUUCUACCAUGGGCUAUAUGAUGGCCAAAAAGCACUUGGAGAUCAACCCUGACCGCCCAAUUGUGGAAAUCCUCUGCCAGAAGGCUGACACUGACAAGAAUGACAAAGCUGUCAAAGACCUGGUGGUGCUACUCUUUGAAACUGCUCUGAUGUCCUCUGGUUUCUCCCUGGAAGAUCCCCAAACCCACUCCAACCGCAUCUACAGGAUGAUCAAACUGGGGCUUGGCGAGGUGACUGCAGAGGAGCCCAGUGCAGCUGUCCCUGAUGAAAUCCCCCCUCUGGAGGGAGAGGAAGACGCAUCCCGCAUGCAAGAGGUAGACUAA